AUGCCCUCGCACGCGUCUGCCACUAAAACUGCCACGGGGGGCUGCACCGAGGUCUUUGAUCCGAAUUUCAAAUACAUGUACAUGGUGCCAUCGCACUUGGUGGUGCACACGCCACCAGCGCGUCUGAACAUUUCUCGCCUUGUUGCUUGUCGUAACUAUGUGCCUGGUAAAGAGGGCUCGUGUACGAAGGAAGAGAGGUGCCGCUUUGUUCAUGCCGACGUGGACUUCGAGACGCUGGAGGCGCAGCCGAUUCAUGUGAAUUACAUCUGGCGUCAUGAAGACUUGUGCACGUACGACCGGCUUCCACCCGGGGAUGUUCUUGAAGUGGUUUCACGAAGCGGGAGUCAUAAAGUUGAUUUAAUUCCAAGUGAACGCAUUCUUGUGACACGGCGGGCGUUGGCUUGUCGCGACGCCAAUGCCUGGCCGCUUUCGCACUGUGUCCACUACUACUGCAAUCGCAUGUGCAACCGUGGCGAAAAUUGCAACUUCAUUCAUGCUGUGUAUGUUGACCCGAAUUCUCGUGGUGAUUUUAAGCGUGCGCCUGUUCAGCCGAUGCCGCGGGUAAAUACAUCCACACAGUCAACACGAACAGAUAAUUCUGAUUUGUCUUCUGUUUGGAUCAAUCAGUUCAGUAUGAAUGGCACAAGAUACAGCGCUUUGUCGAAUGUCAAUCGUGCCGCUGUGCAGGUGCCAGUUCAAACUCUAAUGGCGGAGUCCGGCGCUGUUUCCUUACCAGGUGUGGUGCAAGAGACGGAGCCUCCCUGCAUGGAAGCUUCUGGUGUGUCUGCUGUAAGCGCCACGUCUGCACCACUUGAGGGUGGUGUGACCUGUCUUCAGCGGAGUGGUGUUUCCCCCAGCACGGGAAGUGAAACGUUUUCCUCCCUGCAGCUUUCCACAACGGACGGAGGCCGGCAGCGUUGCCUUAGCGUUAGUUACAAUACGAUUCCUCAGGCCUCGGUGAAGUUUCCGUUGGGAAUGCCUUCUGAAGUCAACAGUGUCUCUUACAUGUCAGGUAAGGGUACCAAUAACAUGGGUCGCCAGGUCUUGAAAUCAUUGGAAGGGUCCAUGGGUCGAUGCUUCGUGGAGAGUCCUGCCGGUUUUACUGCCUCGCCUGCCACGCCGAUGCAAGAGUCUGGCGCCCUUACUCACUUUUCUCUUGCCCCUUCACCCUACCAGAUGCCGUUGAGCUCGCCGUAUGAUGCCAGUUUCACCAUGUGGAACGGCUCGAUUCGUACUCUCUCUGGAGGUGAGAACCACUCCAUGCCGAUGGGCCAACGUCCCCGCGCAUACCGACACAAUCCCUACCUCCCAGUCCAGCGGGCACCUGAGACAGCAAUAAGUGGAACUGCAGAUCUGGCGUAG